CUCGGUGGGUCGGUAGCCACGGCAACACCGCGUGAAUCGGCUGUGCCGGCGGUUGUUGCUGGAGAGAGGAGCGUUUUCCUUUUAGAGUGGUGCCCAUCUCCUGACGGUAGUCUGUUCGUGUAUGAUUGCAUCAAGGCGGAGAAGAAGACCGUAGGAAAUAAAGGACAGGAUGGACAACCAGCAGAAAAAGGAAGUGUUGACAUCCUAGCUUUUGCCUUCUCCUCAUCAGGAAAUUAUUUUGCCUUGACAGAUGACAACAAACGUCUGAUUCUGUUCCAUACUAAGCCUUUGUGGGAAUGUGUUAGUGUCAGAUCCGUGAAUAGGAGAUGUACUGCCGUGAUUAUUACAGCGGCUGAGGAUAAGAUUCUGGUUGCCGACAAAUCUGGUGAUGUCUAUUCUUAUUCAAUAACAGAACCCCAAACGGAAGGAAAACUUGAACUGGGUCACUUGUCUCUGCUAUUGGAUGUGGCGCUGAGUCCUGAUGACCGGUAUAUCUUAACGGCGGAUAGAGAUGAGAAGAUCAGGGUCAGUUUGGCUAAGGCCCCUCAUAACAUUAUAUCUUACUGUCUGGGACACAAAGAGUUUGUAAGCAAAAUAUUUGUCAUACCCAACUAUCCAGAUCUGCUGUUGUCAGCUUCUGGGGAUUGUACCGUGAGACUUUGGGAGUACAGAAGCGGGAAAGAAGUGUACUGCUGUCAUCUAAGCAGUGUCAGUGAGCCUGAGGCAACCAAAACUGACCAGAAGUACACUGUGUCAAGAAUAGCCUACUGCUGUCAAGGUGGUUAUGCCGCCAUUAUAUGCGACUGUAUUCCCACAGUCUACAUCUUUCAGCUUGAUGCCAUUGCCCAGCAGCUAGUUUACAGACAGCAAAUCUCUCUGAAACAUAAAGGUUGGGACAUUGCAUUUGAAGAAACAGGAGAUUUAUGGAUUUUACAGGAAGACAGAGAAGCCCCUCUUCUGUUGUACAGACCAGACGAUGGACAGUGGAAGCCUGUAACCGAUGACAAAGGAUUACAGAAGAUGUCGAAAUAUCUUAAUGACAACUGGGCAGUGUUUGAAGGUUUUGUUGGUGCAGAGAGCCACUACAGCAGUCUCUACAAGGCUUCUUUUGAUAACAUGGCCACCUAUCUACAGAGGAAAGAGGAAAGGCUACAGCAGCAGAAAAAGAAAAGAAAGGAUCUGCAACAUGGUUCUAAUGGACAAACAAAAAAAAUAAAAACUGAAGAAUCAUUGCUAUGACACCACCUGUUAGCUUGUAACUGUCACCAAACUGAAAGGGACUGACCUUGCCCUGAACUGUUUUUAACUGUAAAUUAUGGAGGAAGACUUGAUUGAAACUUGUAUUCAGACUGAGGUUUUUAGGUAGCCUGAUAUGACAAUACCCUUUUUGCAGCAGGUGCUGCAUUUACUCUAUGCCCGAGCUUCUAACAGCAUAAAAAUGUUAGCAGUUCAAUCUAGGAAUCUCUGAUGCACGAUAUAUGAAUAUUGGAGAUGGUAUUUUCCUUGAAGCAGGAUUUCCUUUUUGCCUACUGUGUUCAGGCUUGCUUCUUCAGGUAGAAAUGCACUGAUUGAAGUUGAAGUAAAUUUUAAUUUUAUUUUUUUUUAAAGGUCUUUUAGCUAAUGUAAGUGGUAUAACGUAACUGGUUAUGGAAAAAGGAAUAUUGCAAAAUUCUUGCUGUAUACGAAAAGUUGUAGCUGUUUUUUACCCUAUGCUUCAGUUUAUAUAGUAGGGUUUCUGCCUAGGUUCUGACUGAGUGCUUCUUACUUGUAGCCUAUUUUUGCACUCCUUGUAGAAAUAUAUUUUAUACAUGAGAAAGUAAAAGUAAAAAGUGUCAGUCAACUUUGUGCCGUUGGAAGAAGAUCCUUCUAAUGCGAUAUGAUCCUAGUGUGUCUGUUAAAAUGGUUUGAGAGGCCCGUGAGCAAUACUUGGAGUGCGUUCUGCCUCUUUCAACAAGAACUCUUUCAUUUUGAAAUUAGCCAAGAAACACAUCUUUUUGAAUAGUUAACAAGCGAUCCCAUAAGGCUCUUGCUGAUGCUUCAUCACAAGUCAGAGGAUAUGUGUUCAUCUACCAGCUGCCAUUAUGUUUGCAUGGAAUCUAAUGUACUUCAGCGAAAACUGUAAAACCAGAUGUAGAAAUCUUCUGUAUGAUCCAUUAAAUAUUAAGAAUUAGCCUAUGAACCAUGAAUAGUGCUCCAGGUCUCUUUAUAUAGCUGUCACCUCUGGAAUAUCCUGGAUGCUUAAAGAUGUUGCACUCAAAAAUUUUUAGUUACGUUACUGCGUAAGACUUUGGGGAGCUGUAGCUUGUUUUGAGAAAAUCAGCAGUGAAGUGAAGCAGAACUGCCUGUUUGUAUCUGCUCAAAACUAUAGGCUUGUCCUUAUUGUGGGUUCUGCAGACCCCAAGUCUCUCAUGCUGAAGGAUUUCAGAUGGAUUUUCGUGUUCCUUGUUUGGAAGUGCCCCCUAAGGAUGGAGUGUGUGUAAUACAGAGCCGACCCCUCCAGGGUCUGACUUCUUUCAGUGAUUGCUUGUGUAUAAGGAGUCUGCUGCCUUGGCAAAGGUCUCUUUGGGCAGAACUUGUGAAGUGUCAAGAGUGGAAUCAUCUGUUCUGCUUAAAAGUCUCAAUUCUGGCAGGGGAAGCCCUGAAGCAAACAAAAUGUUAAAUGUUGCUACUGCAUGUGCUGUUAUGCGAUGCAAGAAUGCAAUGCCAAGCCCACAAGCAUUGCGGCCUAAUGUAGCAAUUCAAACACCUCCAUCAGCUAUCUGUGUAUCAGCAGUGUGAAGCAUCUUGUUUGGGUACCACUGAAUCUAAUGUUUCUGGAUCACACUUUCAGUGGGGUCUCCCGUACAAUAGUGAAGGUGGUGGGUGGGUAUAUUUGGGCUAGACAAGGAGUUUUACCUGCUCAGGUAUGAUGGCCGUUUUAAUAAAAAAGUCUGCUGAGACUGACAGACCUGAUUAUGUAAUCUGGAGCAAAGAUUUUUGAAAUGAUGUUUUUU